GAAACUCUAUGGAGGAAAGAAGAAACACCGUUCUGCCAAAAGACUGAUGAUAAUUUGACAAAGGAUUGAUAAUGGUGGUGGAGAGAGCUGUCUAAAUGUUUUACUGUAAACUGGUUUGAGACUUGCUGACUGGCACAUGAUCUGCAUCUCUGUGAAGUAUGGACGGAGCUCAUCCUGGGAGGGUCUGGCAGUCCUGAGAACAACUGGCUUUUAUGUGCACUGACUUUGGUUUUUCCCUUUAAUCUGUCACUUGUCUUCUGCACACACAGAUCUCUGUCUUAUGGUGAAAACAAGGCUUGAACCUGAACUCCUUCCUCCCUCCUUUGCUCUUCCUCCCAGAGGACGCCAUCCAUGGGCCGCCACAGUCACCGUGCACCCUCAGUGGCAGAAUCCAUGGCGGAGUACUUCGAUGCCAGCGAGGUGAUCGUGUGUGAGACCUCCUCAGAGGCCGAGGCUUCAGACGAGUCCGGCCUCAGCGACAUCACCACCACCACCACCUCCGAGCCCGAGGAGGGCCACUCCACUGCCACCCUCAACUACAGAGCCAGCGUGAACAGUGCAGCUGACAAACCCAGCCCAGUGCCCACAGACACAGGUCGCCGCACCGCCCUGCCUGCCCCCGGAGCAGACAACAGCCACAUCGGCAUCAUGACCAUCCUGUACAACAACAUCGGCAAAGACUUGUCCAGGGUCUCCAUGCCAGUGGCUCUCAAUGAGCCGGUGUCUUUGCUGCAGAGGCUCAGCGAGGAGCUGGAAUACACCGAGCUGCUGGACAUCGCCAACCACAUCGACGAUCCGUAUGAGAGGAUGGUUUAUGUGGCAGCUUUCUCCAUCUCUGGUUACGCCUGGGCGUCGUGGAGGUAUCGCUACAAACCCUUCAACCCCGUCCUAGGAGAAACCUAUGAGAGCUACAGAGAAGACCGAGGAUUCCAGUACAUCAGCGAGCAGGUCAGCCAUCACCCUCCAGUCUCUGCCUGCCAUGCAGAGUCAGAAAACUUCACAUUCUGGCAAGAUCAGAGAUGGAAGAACAAGUUUUGGGGGAAGUCAGUGGAGAUCAUCUCCAGUGGACAGGUCAAUGUUUCCCUCCCACGGUACGGUCACAUGACGUGUGGUUGUGUGCAG